CGUGAGAGGCAGAAGGAGCUUAAUAUUGCACAGACCAAGCACAGGGCUUCACACUUCCCGUCUACAGGGGUCCAGUGGCUGUUCAUCCUUUACCAAGUCCUCAGGGAGUGUUUCACAGGAAGAGCGUCACCAUGCCGAAAGUCUUAGUGCCAGCAAAGGGAGGAAGUCAACAGAAGACUGAUGACAAGAUGCGGGCCUUCGCCGAACAGGUCUUUGCAUCUGAUACCAAAAGCGAGGACACCCGCGAUGAGAUCUCUAUGUUUGAUGUGGAUGAGGACUGUCCCAUCAUGCACCAUGAGAUGGCCCACCAUCUGCACACUGAGGAUGAUGCUGAUAAACGCAAGAGGCACCAGCGCAGCCUCACCAUGGCCGUGCCUACAGCCGCUUCCCACACAACUGCUGCCCACACUGCUUCCUCUGUGUCGGUGAAGAUGGACACGCCCCUCUACCUGGAAGUGCCUGACUUCCAGAGAGUGGCCAUCAUCGGAGACUACGCCUCCGGGGUGACCAUGGAUGACUUUGAGCUGUCCUGUAAGGGUGUAUACCGUGCCUUGACCAUCAGGGAGAAGUACAUGAGGCUGGCCUACCAGCGCUUCCCACGGACAACCUCUGAGUACCUGCGUGAUAUCGAGGGGGAGACCUUCAAAGUUGAAGAGCAGUUGCAGCCAGUCUUCACAGCUCCUCCAAAGAACGGGGAGGACCCCUUUGAUACCAAGAACCUGCCAAAGAAUCUGGGAUACGUUGCUCGUAUGAAGGAGGGUCUCAUCUAUGUGUACAAGGACGCCGCAGCUGCUGACAAACAUCAGCCCAAAGACCUGCCCCACCCCGACUACGACACCUUCAUCGAUGACAUGAACUUCCUCAUUGCUCUCAUUGCACAGGGCCCAACUAAGACUUACACUCACCGCCGUCUGAAGUUCCUCAUGUCCAAGUUCAAUGUGCAUGAGAUGCUGAAUGAGAUGGAAGAGAUGAAGGAGCUGAAACUGAACCCCCACAGGGACUUCUACAACUGCAGGAAGGUGGACACCCACAUCCACGCUGCUGCCUGCAUGAACCAGAAGCACCUGCUGCGCUUCAUCAAGAGGUCUUACCGUGUGGACGCCGACCGCGUCGUGCAUAAGCUUCAUGGGAAAGAGGUCACCAUGAAGGAGCUCUUCGAGUCCCUUCACCUGCACCCUUAUGACCUCACUGUGGACUCCCUGGAUGUGCACGCUGGAAGACAAACCUUCCAACGUUUUGAUAAGUUCAAUGCCAAGUACAACCCCGUAGGAGCCAGUGAGCUGCGUGACCUGUACAUGAAGACAGAGAACCACAUCAAUGGAGAGUACUUUGCCACCAUCAUCAAGGAAGUAGCCAGUGACCUGGAGGAUGCCAAGUACCAGUAUGCUGAGCCUCGUCUGUCCAUCUACGGCUGCAACGCCACCGAGUGGAACAAGCUCUCCGGCUGGUUCGUCAGGCACAGAGUCUUCUCCCCACACCUCAAAUGGAUGAUUCAAAUACCCAGGAUCUACGACAUCUUCAGAAGCAGGGACUUUGUGCCCCACUUUGGCAAGAUGUUGGAGAACAUUUUCCUUCCCGUGUUCCAGGCCACCAUCGACCCACAGUCCAACCCAGACCUCAGCAUCUUCCUCCAGCACGUGACAGGUUUCGACAGCGUGGACGAUGAGUCUAAGCACAGUGGUCACAUGUUCUCCACUAAGAGCCCCAAACCAGAGGAGUGGGACAUCGCGAAGAACCCCUCCUACACCUACUACAUCUACUACAUGUAUGCCAACAUCGCUGUGCUCAACCAGCUCCGCAGUGAGAGGGGGAUGAACACAUUCAUGUUCAGGCCUCACUGCGGUGAGGCCGGGGCCAUCACCCAUCUGCUGGCUGCCUUCAUGACCGCUGACAACAUCUCUCACGGCCUCAACCUCAAGAAGAGUCCUGUGCUGCAGUACCUGUACUUCCUCACCCAGCUCCCCAUCGCCAUGUCCCCUCUCAGCAACAACAGCCUGUUCCUGGAAUACGCUAAGAACCCGCUGCUGGAGUUCCACAAGAAAGGCCUGGUGGUUUCUCUCUCCACCGACGACCCCAUGCAGUUCCACUACACCAAGGAACCCCUGAUGGAGGAGUACGCUAUUGCAGCCCAGGUCUUCAAGCUCAGUACCUGCGACAUGUGUGAGAUCUCCAGGAACAGCGUUCUGCAGAGCGCCAUGUCUCAUGAGGAGAAGAGCCACUUCCUGGGUCAUGACUUCCUGAAGGAGGGCCCAGAGGGCAACGACAUCCGCAAGACCAAUGUGGCCCAGAUCCGUAUGGCAUAUCGCUACGAGACCCUGUGCUAUGAGCUCAACCUCAUCAAGGAGGGCCUUAACUCAGAGUAAACACCCUCAAAUAUGAAUUACACCCGCUCAAACUCAUCUCUGUCGGGAUGUAGAAACGUUUCUACAUCUGUUUUUCACAUUAACUCUUAAACAAUUGAAUCUUAAAGAAACUGACCUUCUUACACACCGAUCUUCUCUCCUUUGGAAGAAGAAACCUGUUUGCUCUUCACUGUAUAAUCUGCACACCCUGUCCAACUGACUUCAGUAUGAGUGUAUUCCAUGUGGAGAAACAUCGUGUAUGAGAAAGAAAGGGAAUAAAAUGUGAAAUAACA